AUGACUGGCGACCCCCAGCCCCCCGGCUUGGCGGCCGACCCCAGGGCUGUCCCCACGCCCCCGGGCCCCCCAGAGCCCCCGACCUCCCUGGCGAGCAGCAGCCCCGGCUCGGACGACUGGGGCAAGGGGAAGGCCGGGGAUGGCGGUUCACUGGGCAGCUCACUGGACAGUGGCAUGAGGACGCCUCUCUGCAGGAUCUGCUUCCAGGGACCCGAGCAGGGGGAGCUGCUGAGCCCGUGCCGUUGCGCCGGUUCGGUGCGGUGCACGCACCAGCCCUGCCUCAUCAAGUGGAUCAGCGAGCGCGGCUGCUGGAGCUGCGAGCUCUGCUACUACAAGUACCGCGUCAUCGCCAUCAGCACCAAGAACCCGCUCCAGUGGCAGGCCAUCUCCCUGACCGUCAUUGAGAAGGUGCAGAUCGCGGCGGCCAUCCUGGGCUCCCUCUUCCUCGUCGCCAGCAUCUCCUGGCUCAUCUGGUCGACCUUCAGCCCCUCCGCCAAGUGGCAGCGCCAGGACCUCCUCUUCCAGAUCUGCUACGGGAUGUACGGCUUCAUGGACAUGGUGUGCAUAGGGCUGAUCAUCCACGAGGGCCCGUCGGUGUACCGGAUCUACAAGCGCUGGCAGGCCGUCAACCAGCAGUGGAAAGUGCUCAACUACGACAAGGCCAAGGAUGUGGAGGACCAGAAGUCGGGCGGCAGGACGCACCCCCGGGCCUCCUCGUCCGCCCGGCCCGACCCCUCGGCCCCGGCCGCCGGGGCGGCCGACGGGGGGACCCCGGCCCCGGCCCCGGGGGGGACCCGCGCCCCCGGCCCGGCCUCGGGCCCCCUGGCCGACCACCACUGUGCUUACACCAUCCUGCAAAUCCUCAGCCACCUGCGCCCGCACGAGCAGCGCAGCCCUCCGGCCUCUAGCCGCGAGCUGGUCAUGAGGGUGACCACCGUGUGACGGGCGGGGCCGCCGACCGAGCCGAAGGAGCCCGAGGUGAGCCCGGGGCCGAGGCCGAGCCCCAGCCGGAGCCUCGCGCCCCGGGCACGAGGCGCAAGGAGGGAAGGGGCAGGGCGCGCUCCCUGGCCCGCAGGGACGCCCAUGCUGCGCUGGCGUCAGACCCUUCCACCUGGCGUCCGGCCGGUCAAUACGGCAGAACCACAACCGCAACAAAAUGCAAUAUUGACUAAAGCACGCUCGUGAGGGCCCACACGAGCGCACACACACACACACCAUAUCCUGACAAGGCAGGCAAGAGGCAGUGGGGGCCACGCUGGCCUGGGCAGCGGUUUUGUCACCGUGGCAGUGGCCCUCAUCAUCAUCAUCAAUCGUAUUUAUUGAGCGCUUACUAUGUGCAGAGCACUGUACUAAGCGCUUGGGAAGUACAAAUUAGCCCUCAACACAAAAACACACAAGCACACACAUACACCUUGUCCUGACAAGGCGGGUAAAAGGAAAUGGGGACCACACUGGCCUGUCCAGCGGUUGCCACCGUGGUGGUGGCCCUCAACAAAUACGCACACACACACACCACAUCAUGACAAGGCAGACAAGAGGAAAUGAGGACCACUCUGGCCUGUCCAGCUGUUGUGUCACUGUGGCAGUGGCCCUCAACACAAACACACGAAUGCCUCAUCAUAUCUGACAAGGCAGAUAGGAAAUGGGGACUACGGGGGCCUGUCCAGCGGUUGUGUCACCGUGGUGGUGGCCCUCAACACACACACACACACACACACACACACACACACACACACACACACACACAUCAUGACAAGGCAGACAAGAGGAAAUGGGGACCACACUGGCCUGUUCAGCUGUUGUGUCACCAUGGCAGUGGCCCUCUACACACACUGCACACACACACACACGCGACACACACGAAGAUACACAUGUGAAGGUGAUUUGAAUGACGCAAAGUAUUCGUAGCCUUGUUUUGUUUUUAACUUUUUUUUCCCCAGACCGUGUUGAGGCGGGGCAGUGGGAGGGUG